AUGGCAGACGAUCAUACAUCAGUCUCUGCGACUCCGACAUUGAAUAAUGAGGAGAGCAACCACAACACAGCGAUCCACGAAUCAAAGAAGUUGAAUGCAGAGUCUGCAAGUCUUGAUACAACCACAACCACAGCCAUGGACAGAAACGCCGUCGGCUAUGAAGAAAACGAAAAAGAGAAAGAAAUAGGACACAAUCAUGACACCGAAGACGAAGAAGAGCAAGAUUCUCAGAAAGUGAACGAUGCCACCGCCGGCCAAGCAGGUCUGACGCGCACGACGUCCACCGUACACUAUGUCGAGGGUAUGAAGCUAUAUGUCCUCAUGGCAUCCAUGACCUUGAUCUUCUUUUUGGUUAUGAUUGAUAUCACUAUUGUUUCCACCGCUGUGCCCCAGAUCACGAGUGAUUUCAACUCAUUGGAAGAUGUGGGUUGGUACGGAACUGCGUAUCAGUUGGCUUGUGCUUCUCUGCAACCACUUGCCGGAAAAGUCUACUCCAAUUUCCGCGCAAAGAACAUCUACCUUGCCUGCUUUUUCAUAUUCGAAGUCGGCUCCCUCAUCUGCGGCGUCGCCCAAUCCUCUACAAUGCUCAUCAUCGGCCGCGCCAUUGCAGGUAUCGGUUCCUCAGGACUAAUGAACGGUGGUUUAACUAUCCUAUCGGUCUCCAUGCCCCUACACAAACGCCCAAAAUACUUCGGUAUCAUGAUGGGCUUUGCUCAAAUGGGCACGAUUCUAGGCCCAAUCAUCGGCGGUGCAUUCACCACAUACGUUAAUUGGCGAUGGUGUUUCUACAUCAACCUCCCUGUCGGCGGCGUCGCAGGCGUGAUUAUGCUAUUCUUCAUCGACGUUCCCGAAGUAGUCAAACCGCGCACCGACUCAAUCAUGACCAUCAUCACCCGCAAACUCGAUAUCAUGGGCUUCUUCCUCUUCGCGCCUGCAGCCAUCCAAGUCUUUCUGGCUCUGGAAUGGGGCGGAAGUAAAUUCGCGUGGAACAGCGCCACCAUUAUCGGCUUGUUCUGCGGCUCCGGUGCGACGACCAUCGUUUUCGGGGUGUGGGAAUACUAUCAGGGCGAUAAUGCCAUGGCUCCAUUCUCGAUUCUGAAAAUCAGACAUGUCUGGACGUCCUGUUUUGUGAUGUUUUUGUUCUUUGGUUGCUUGCAGAUUGCGUCGUAUUAUCUGCCGAUUUACUUCCAGACGGUUCGGGGCUCGACUGCGAUUGUGAGUGGUGUGCACAUGUUGCCCAAUGUGUUGAGUCAGUUGAUCUCUACCGUCAGUUCUGGCGCAUUUGUCGGAAGAUUGGGCUACUACCUCCCCUGGAUCGUGGCAUCGUCCUCCCUCAGCGCCGUCGCCCUCGGCCUCCUCUCAACCCUGAAUCCCACAACCUCCGCCGGCAAAUGGAUUGGCUACCAAAUCCUACUCGGUUUCAGCCGUGGCCUAGGCAUGCAAAUGCCCCUUAUCGCCGUGCAAAACAGCAUAAACCCGAAAUUCGUUCCCGUCGCCAUGGCCCUUGUCACAUUCGGACAGACCUUUGGCGGAGCUGUGUUUUUGGCUAUUGGCGAAACCAUCCUCUCAAAUCAAUUGCGAGUAAAUAUCCCGAAAUAUGCACCUAGCGUUAAUACAGCCGCGGUGAUUGCGGCGGGKGGUUCGGGGCCGGCUGUGAGGGCUGCGGUGGGUAAUGAUCCUGUGGGUUUGGCAGGUACGUUGCUUGCGUACUCAAAGAGUGUGGAUGCGGUGUAUUGGUUUGCAGCUGGUGCCGCCAGUUUGAUGUUCUUGGUGUCAUGGGGGAUGGGUUGGAAGGAUAUCAGGAAGAAGGAUGCUCCUCCCAAGGUGGAUGUUGAGAGUGCGGCUGCUGCGUGUUAG